AGAAGAGCUUAUGAAGUUUCAUUGCAGUGUUUCCUCUCUCUUCUCUUUCCAUGAUAACAAUGAAGUUCGAUCAUCUCAUUGUUCUCCUUUUACUCAUCUUCUCCAUCUCAAUCUCCCACGCCGCCGAUAACGACGACGAUCAAACCCCACCCGCCGUCGAUAUCUCCAAGCUUCAAUUCGAGAAUCCAAGCAUCAAAACAGCCUACAUUGCUUUCCAAGCCUGGAAACUAGCUAUCCUCUCCGACCCAUUUAAUUUCACUGCAAACUGGACCGGUCCCAAUGUAUGUUCAUACAGCGGUGUAUACUGUGCACCGUCUCCAACCAACAGUUCGAUUCGGGUAGUCGCCGGUAUUGAUCUCAAUCACGCCGACAUUGCCGGGUAUCUCCCGACGGAACUCGGACUCUUGACCGACCUAGCCUUAUUCCACAUCAACUCAAAUCGUUUCUGUGGUACCAUCCCGGAAACCUUCCGAAAGUUGAAACUCCUUCAUGAACUUGAUAUCAGUAACAACAGGUUUGUCGGGAGGUUUCCUGAUGUUGUCCUGUCUUUACCAUCUCUUAAGUUUUUGGAUCUUCGAUUUAAUGAAUUUGAAGGUGGAGUGCCGUCAAAGCUAUUUGAUAAAGAUCUGGAUGCAAUCUUUCUUAAUGAUAAUAGAUUCCAUCUGGGGAUACCUGAUAAUCUUGGGAAUUCGCCGGUGUCUGUUUUAGUUUUGGCGAAUAAUGAUAUGGGUGGUUGUAUUCCGGCGAGUAUUGGGAAAAUGGGUAAUACCCUUAAUGAGAUUAUUCUCUUGAAUGAUAAUCUCACCGGUUGUUUGCCUCCUCAGAUCGGAUUGUUAAAAGAGUUGACUGUGUUCGAUGUUAGUUUUAAUAAUUUGCAGGGUUCAUUGCCGGCGACGAUUAGUGGUAUGAGGAAGUUGGAACAGCUUGAUGUGGCGCAUAAUAAGUUGACGGGUGUUAUUCCGGCGAGUAUUUGUCAGUUACCAAAUCUGAAAAACUUUACUUAUUCAUUUAAUUACUUUUCCGGCGAGAAACCGGUGUGCGCCGCCGUGGGCGGUGGUGGGAAGACGGUUAUUGAUGGAAGUGAGAACUGUAUUUCCGGGAAGACUAGUCAACGAUCUGUUAAGGAAUGUUCUUCUGAGGCGGCUAUUCCGUUUGAUUGUACUAAAUCGAAAUGUUAUACACCUUUUAGUAGCCCUAAACCGGCGCCGAAGAGCCGGAGUAAAAGCGGUAGUCGCCGGAGGAGUCCGCCGCCGCAUUCUACAAAGCCUGAUAUUCCUUCGCCGCCUCCGGCGCCGUUUUCAAGCUCACCGUCUUCUAAAUGGCGAUCACCUCCACCUCCUUCCCCUGAUCACAAAUCGUCUUCCUCAUCUCGUCAUUCUCCACCACCACCACCUGUAGAUUCUUUCUCUCCGGCACCGUCGCCAUCACCGUCGGCGCCGCCGCCGUACCACCAAGAUGUUCCUUCGCCGCCUAAAUCAUGGCCUGCUCCAUCGCCGGUUGAUUAUUCACCUGUUUCAUCACCUCCACCACCACCGCCGGCUGAUGUGCCUUGCCCACCUGGAUCAUCUCCGCCGCCGCCGGUUUAUCACCAUUCUCCAUCAUCUCCUAAAUCAUCACCACCACCACCACCUCCAGUUAAGUAUUCGUCACCACCCAGUUAUGAACAUCAUCAACCGCCGCCACCCCCGCCGACGUAUCAAAGUUAUUCUUCACCUCCGCCCCCACCGCCGACUUACCAAAGCUACUCAUCCCCACCACCGCCACCUCCAUACCAAAGUUACUCAUCACCGCCUCCGCCAUACCAAUACUCAUCACCGCCGCCGCCAUACCAAUACUCAUCACCGCCGCCGCCAUACAUAUACUCAUCACCACCGCCGCCUCCAUACCAAUACUCAUCACCACCGCCGCCUCCAUACCAAAGUUACUCAUCACCACCGCCGCCGCCAUACCAAAGUUACUCAUCACCACCUCCGCCGCCGUACCAAUACUCAUCACCGCCGCCGCCUCCAUACCAAAGUUACACAUCACCACCGCCUCCGCCGACAUACCAAAGUUCAUCAUCACCGCCUCCACCACCGCCUAAAUCAGCAGGGUGUGAAUACCCAGUACUACCACCUCCACCGCCGGCGAGCCAUGGUGAAUAUAAACCACCGUCAUCACCGCCGCCAAAUGAAUUGCACAAUCCACCAAGUCACGAUCAUGAUCAUGACCAUGACCAUGAUCAUCAUGGGAAGUCGCCAUACACAUCUCCGCCACCACAACAACGGGAAGAAUACUCGCCGCCACUUCCACCUGUUCACGGUGUUUCGUACGCGUCGCCGCCUCCUCCGGUCAUCCCUUACUAUUAACCAAUCUAUUUACUACUUCCGAUUACAGGGCCAACCACUUUCCUUGACACCCUGUAAAUCAAUCUUUUGUAUUUAUUUUUUUUCUAACUCUGUCUCUCCAAUCCAUGUCUGAUUAUAUAUAUAUUUAAAUCAAGAAAGAAAUAGAGAGUGAGAGGCCAGAGUAACGGGAAAGGUUUCAUUCUUUUUAUUAACUUUUCAUUUUCUCUGUAUAAUAUAUAUUUCUUAUAAAGUUUUAAUGGGUGUUUUUAAAUGAA